UAGAGCACAAAGUUCUUCAAAUGUCUACUGGAAGAACAUCGUCUGGGAUGCAGUCAGGGGUUUCCCAUGACAUCCGUAUUGAUCGAAUCAGAGGACCCCAUUAUGAUGAAGUUGCUGUAGAUCCACCUGUCCCUUUGCAAGAGACUAGGGAAAGCAACUGCACUUUAAAUUCAGAGCCUCUGCCACCACCCCCUCUGCCUCUUCAGCCACCAGUUGGGGCAGAGUUUUACCCAAGUGAGAAUGAUGAGCCUGUUGAAGCUCUAGACCUGAAGCCCAUUCGUCGUUUUAUUCCAGACUCGUGGAAAAAUUUUUUCAGGGCCAGCAAGAACAAGAACCAGUGGGAAAUGCCUGACUUGAACAAUCAUUCUACCAGUGAUGGCGUGCAGUGCUCACCUCCUGCUUCUCCAACACCAUCUGUUCGUAACCAGAAAUCAGUUGCUAGUUCCUACCAAGAUCCGUAUGGAGGUUCUGGUGGCAGCUACAACUCCCGCAAAGAAAGAGAAGUCAUGAUACCUCAUGAGCCUUAUGAUUCUUUGGACAGGAGGACUUAUCGCACAGCAAUGACUUACAGUGAAAAAUUAGAAGCCUAUGAGAUGAAAUACUCUUUUAUGAAGUCCUGGCCUGGCCUCCUGAGAAUACUUUGCAUUUUUGAACUGCUUCUCGGUGCUGCUGUCUUUGCCUGUGUCUGUGCCUACAUUCAUAAGGAUAAUGAAUGGUACAACAUGUUUGGUUACUCACAACCAUACAGUUAUGCUGGUAGUAGUAUGAGUGGAGGCUACUACUACAGUGGACCUAAAACCCCUUUCAUUCUGGUUGUGGCAGGGCUGGCUUGGAUUGUUACAGUGAUCCUCCUUGUUCUUGGUAUGACCAUGUAUUAUCGUGCUAUUCUCCUGGGAUCAAACUGGUGGCCAUUAACAGAGUUUGGCCUGAAUGUGUCUCUCUUCAUUUUAUAUCUGUCUGCCGCCAUUGUUUAUGUGAAUGAUAUUAACCGGGGAGGACUUUGCUAUUACCCUUUGUUUAACAAUGGAAUAAAUGGUGCUUUUUGCCGCAUUGAAGGAGGCCAGACAGCAGGGGCAAUUUUUCUUUUUGUCACAAUGUUCAUAUAUAUCAUCAGUGCAAUCGUCUGUCUUAAGCUUUGGAGGCAUGAGGCAGCAAAAAAAUAUAAGAAAUACAUGGAACAAGAGAUGAAGUCAACUCAGAUAACUGGACAAAAUGCAAUGGUCUCAGAAGCUCCCGAUGGGCAAAUGAAACCUCUAAGAGUUGUUCACAAAGAGUUCAAAGAUGUGGAAGUAAAACCAGAAAUUCUAAAUGGCCAUAUUCCUUCAGGAUACAUCCCUAAGCCUUUAGUGAUGCCAGAUUAUAUAGCAAAAUACCCCACCAUUCAUACUACUGAAGAGCGAGAUCGUUAUAAAGCUGUGUUCAAUGAUCAAUACUCUGAGUAUAAAGAACUUCAUGCAGAGGUCCAAACAAUGAGCAAGAAAAUCACAGAACUGGAUGCUAUGGUGAAAAAGCUGCCUCAUUUUUCUGAAAACCAAAUGGAGCAUGAACGAAUUAAUAAAAUUCUUCAAGAAUUUCAAAGGAAAAAAAAUGAUCCUUCAUUCUUGGAGAAAAAAGAGCGGUGUGAAUAUCUGAAAAAUAAAUUAUCCCAUAUAAAACAAAAAAUUCAAGAAUAUGAUAAAGUUAUGGACUGGAAUGAUGGCUACUGAUAAUUAAAAUGAUCAACAGUAAGCAAAUUGCAGACUACCAGAACCUGUCAAACUGAAGAAUCUGCAUACAUUUGUGCUUUAUGUAUAGUUUUACUAGUAAACACAGAGUACAUGCUAUAUUAAGUUCUUGUUAAUAAAUUACAGUUUUUGCAUAAAACAUGCAAAAAAAUUAGAUGUUGAUUAAUGAUUUCAGUUUUUAAACUAACAUGUUUACAAACCAAAAUAUAUUUAUAAUAACAAUUAUUACACUUUUUACUAUUUAGGGUUGCCAUAUAAUAAAAUAUUUACUUUAUUGGAAAAACAGUUCAAACAGUGUAAUUGUAUUCAACCUGCAAAAAGCUUCUCCUUCAGAUUACUUACUCUUGGUCAGAUGUAGAACAAGAGAAUUUUUCAGGUAAAAGAGGCAAUAUUGAGUAAUUAGACACCACAACUGUUUUAUUGCCAUUCUGCUUAUUAGAAAAUAUUUUUUCAUAGAUUUGGAGUUUCUUCUUUCACUGUGAAAAUGGAUGCAUAUUCAUCAUAUACUGUAUGUAAGGCAUGAUGACAAACUUGAACAACAUCUACAGUAAACUUCCAGGUUUUGUUAAGUUUAUGUACACAUACUGUAUGUAUAAAAAGAAAUCUAUAAAAAAUAGUAUGAUGUGGGGAAGCUUAAUGUUUGAUGUCCAGCUGCAGUGGUAAUCAGAAAUGCCAUGUUUGUCUUGCUGUGUUUUGCAAACAUCUUUAUUAAAGUCAGAUUUAACAGGAUUAGUGUGUGGUAUCCAAAUAAAAUUUACUUGUACCUUAUUUGUAAAUAGCAUAAUGUGUUAUUGAAUGCUCAGGUCUAAUGUACAAAUUCAGUUUUUUUACAUUCAGGAAUUUAUUAAAAAUUAAAUAAAAAAAGUUCACAAACCUGCACCACUGAUUUAACCAUAUGAUGUUUAAUAUGUUGAGCUUUAAUAUGGAAGACAUUAUGCAUUUAUGGUGUAAGUUGUAUGUGCUGUGUAGUCAUUCAAAAGCUCUGGGAAAUUACCAUUAUACUGUAGUUUGUUCUUCUUGAGUUGGAGCUUAAAUAGUGAGAUAUUUUACAUGCCAGUGAUCUUUAAAGACACUACCAAAAGUGUCAUUAUGUAAAAUACUGAAAAAUAAUUUGCAGCUGAAAUUAUAUUCUUGCUAUCAAUUUAAUUUUUUUUAAGAUGCAAAUAAAAUGUUUUUAUUCAUGUUUUGAC